AUGUUGCAGCCAGCCAGCCAGCCAGCCAGCCAGCCCAUCGACGUGCAGCGGUCCCCAGGAGCAGCCAGCAGCCCGCCAGCGCCGGUCCCCGCCAGCACCGGUUCCCGCCAGCAGCGGUCUCGCCAGCGGUCCGCCAGCGCCGGUCCCCGCCAGCCCUGGUCGCAGCCAGUGGUGGUCCUAGCUGCCUACAGCAGCAGCAACAGCAGCAGCAUCAGCAGCGGAGGCGUCACCACCGGCCAGCCAACUGGGUCGCCCCCACAGCCAGCGACAGCAGAAGUAGGCAGUGGUAUGCGUUGCUGUAUAGACAGGCGGGAACAGCAGGGGAAGGGUGGUUUUGAGAAACCAGCACGCAUCCCGCAGCGUCCCUCGCAGGCAAAACCGAAUUGA